ACCUUGCUUGCUACCGUGUCUUAGCUUCUAAGUUUCAAUUAAUUUUUCUUUUUUUUUUUGUUCACAGUCAAUAAUAAUAAUCAAUACAUCAGCAGCGCAUACAAAUUUCUUAUAAAGAAUCAGCGAUUGCAGUAUAGAAAAUGUUUAAGCAAAAUCAAUCAAAGAAGAGAUCAUUCUUCACAAUAAUGGCGGAUGAAGUGAUCCUCCUGGAUUUCUGGCCGAGUCCAUUCGGAGUAAGAGCAAGAAUCGCGCUGAGAGAGAAAGGAGUUGAGUUUGAGUACAGAGAAGAGAAUCUGAGAGACAAGAGCCCUUUGCUUCUCCAGAUGAAUCCGGUUUACAAGAAGAUUCCGGUUCUCAUCCACAAUGGUAAACCAGUUUGUGAAUCCAUGAACGUUGUUCAGUACAUCGACGAGGUUUGGUCCGACAAAAACCCUAUCCUCCCUUCCGAUCCUUACCAGAGAGCUCAAGCCAGAUUCUGGGUAGAUUUCGUCGACACCAAGUUGUACGAGCCAGCAGAUAAGAUCUGGCAAACUAAAGGCGAGGAACAAGAGACAGCCAAGAAAGAGUAUAUUGAAGCACUUAAGACUCUUGAAUCUGAGCUUGGAGACAAACCUUACUUUGGUGGAGAUACAUUUGGGUUCGUAGAUAUUGCCAUGACUGGAUAUUACAGCUGGUUCGAAGCAUCAGAGAAAUUAGCUAACUUCAGCAUCGAACCAGAGUGUCCGACACUGAUGGCUUCGGCUAAGCGGUGUUUGCAGAGAGAAAGCGUGGUUAAGUCUCUUCAUGAUUCUGAGAAGAUCCUUGCGUUUGCCUAUAAGAUUAGGAAGAUAUACUGUGUCUAAAAGUCUUAUUGAUUCCAUCUCAAGUUUCUAUGCCCUAUAUUUUCUUUAAAGUUUAUUAUGUCUCCUGUGAGUACUGUCUCUUUCUUUUCUUUUCACGAUUGAAUAUUUGUUUCUUGUCACACAAGAAUAUGGUUCCUCUAUUUUGUAGAGGUCUACAGUGUUGUACUUAG